GCGCUUCCUAGGAUGCAGCCUGCCAUGAUGAUGUUCUCCAGUAAGUACUGGGCCCGGAGGGGGCUGUCCCUGGAUUCGGCCAUGCUGGACCAGCAGCGGGUCGGAGCCCAAGCGUCACGGCGGCCGUCCUUCGGUCCGAUCGACGAGAAGUCGGGCAAGGACUGCCGGGUCCAGACGGACGAGUCUGGAAAGACGGCCGUGGUGUUCGCCCUCAAGAACGAGGUGGGAUGCUUGGUGAAGGCCCUGCGGCUCUUCCAGGAGAAGCGGGUGAAUCUGGUUCACAUCGAGUCCCGGAAGUCCAAGCGCAGGGACUCGGAGGUAGAGAUCUAUGCUGACUGCAGCUGCAGCAAGCCGGAGUUCAACGAUCUGGUGCAGCACCUCAGACAGAACCUCAACAUCCUGUCCCUGAACUCACCCGACAGUGCACUGUCCGAGGAGGAAGGUGCAUGUGCAUGUGUGUGUUUCCUUGUGUUUUUCCACGGGUUGCCAGAGCUGGACGGAGUGCCGUGGUUUCCACGGAAGAUCUCGGAACUCGAUCAGUGUGCUCACCGGGUGCUGAUGUAUGGCUCUGAACUGGAUGCUGAUCACCCGGGCUUUAAGGACGCCGUUUACCGCCAAAGGAGGAAGUAUUUCGUGGAGGUCGCCAUGAGUUACAAAUUCGGACAGCCCAUCCCCCGCAUCGAGUACACACCCGAGGAGGUGAGGACAUGGGGCGUGGUGUUCCGGGAGCUGACCAAGCUGUACCCCACCCACGCCUGCCGCGAGUACCUGAAGAACCUCCCCCUCCUCACAAAGCAUUGUGGGUACCGAGAGGACAACAUCCCUCAGCUGGAGGACGUGUCUCGCUUCCUCAAAGAGAGGUCGGGUUUCGUGGUGCGGCCCGUGGCGGGGUACCUGUCGCCGCGGGACUUCCUGGCUGGACUGGCGUACCGCGUGUUUAACUGCACCCAAUAUGUGCGCCACGGCACUGACCCACUUUACACACCCGAGCCGGACACGUGCCACGAGCUUCUGGGCCACGUUCCCCUCCUAGCAGACUCCAAAUUCGCCCAGUUCUCCCAGGAGAUCGGCCUGGCGUCUCUGGGGGCCUCAGACGAGGACGUGCAGAAACUGGCCACGUGCUAUUUCUUCACCAUCGAGUUCGGCCUGUGCAAACAGGAUGGGCAGCUGCGGGCGUAUGGGGCGGGGCUGCUGUCCUCCAUCGGGGAGCUAAAGCAUGCUCUGUCUGAGAAAGCCUCUGUCAAGAUGUUCGACCCCAGGAGCACCUGCUACCAGGAAUGCCUCAUCACCACCUUCCAGGACGUUUACUUUGUCUCCGAAAGUUUCGAGGAAGCCAAGGAAAAGAUGAGGGAGUUUGCAAAAACGAUCCAGCGGCCUUUCUCCGUGUACUACAACCCUUACACCCAGAGCGUGGACCUGCUGAAAGACACCAGGAGCAUCGAGAACGUGGUGCAGGAGCUGCGUAGCGACCUGACGACAGUGUGCGACGCCCUGGGGAAAAUGAACAAGUACCUCGGCAUUUAA